AUGGAGAAUUCAUCGGGAAGCUAUGAAAAAGAGCUUAAUCUGGAGGCCACAGAGUUAAGAUUGGGGCUUCCCGGUAGCGAUGAACCUGAAAAACGUUCUAUUGUUAGAAGCAACAAGAGAUCUUCACCAGAAGCAAGUGAGGAAGAGUGCAUAAGCAAUGGUUCUGAUGUCACAAGUGAUCACCAAGACAACGUUGUGCCACCAGCGAAGGCACAAGUAGUGGGAUGGCCACCGAUUCGAUCUUAUAGGAAGAAUAGUCUUCAACAAAACAAAGAAGAACAAAGUGAAGGAGCUGGGAUGUUCGUGAAAGUUAGUAUGGCGGGUGCACCUUACUUGAGGAAGAUAGAUCUCAAGGUUUACAAAAGCUACCCUGAACUUCUCAAGGCCUUGGAAAAUAUGUUCAAGUGCACAUUUGGUGAAUAUUCAGAAAGGGAAGGGUACAAUGGAUCUGAAUAUGCUCCAACUUAUGAAGAUAAAGAUGGUGACUGGAUGCUGGUUGGAGACGUUCCAUGGCACAUGUUCGUGUCAUCCUGCAAGAGGCUGAGAAUUAUGAAGGGAUCAGAAGCAAAGGGGUUGGGUUGUUUUUGA